AUUGUAAUGAUGAACUUGAUGAGUUUAAAAGAAUUUCAAUCAUUGGUCGAAUUAAUCUUCAUAUUUUAAUAAAUGAUCAACCUCAUUAUAUAGAAAUAUUUCAAGAAAAUAUUGAAAAAAUUAUAGAGAUCAAACAAGAAGUUAGAAAUUUAUCAAAAGAUGAUUUAUUGGAAUAUAUUGAAACU